UGUACGAAAUUACAUAAAUCUUUUUUAUUUAUUUAUGUAUAUAUAUGUCCGUUUAUUUUGUGGACAGAGUCGCCGGAGCUGUUCCAUUUCCGAUCUGUAAACCCCGUCAUUCGCCGGAGAAUUCACCUUCUUACCGUUUUAUGAGCAACUGAUUGCUCGAGUUUUUGGAUUGGAAACAUGGAAAUAGACAGCAAGUACCGGCGUGUAAUCAAUUUACAGCCGAAAGGAAGCGGUUUUUAUCUGCAGAAGUUUCGUCUCUACGAGACUUGCUCGAACUUCUACAUGAUUGGAUAUGACAAGACCAAGACAUUUUGGAAAGUAUUAAAGAUUGACAGAUUAGAAUCUUCAGAGCUAAUCAUUCAUGAAGAUCCUACCAUAUAUUCGGGAUCCGAAUGCUUAGACCUCCGAAAAAGAAUACAUGAAGGAAACAAGUCUACUGGAGGGCUUAAAUUCGUUUCUCGCUGCUAUGGAAUUAUCGGUUUUAUAAAGUUUUUGGGACCUUAUUACUUAUUGGUUAUCACGGAAAGAAGAAAGAUCGGAAAGAUAUGUGGUCAUGCUGUUUACGCUAUCACUAAGACUGAGAUGUUUCCAGUUCCCAAUUCUACAGUGCUUUCCAAUAUGGCUUAUUCUAAGGAUGAGAACAGAUACAAAAAGCUGCUGAGCAAGAUGGAUCUCACCAAGGACUACUUUUUCAGCUACUCCUAUCAUAUAAUGCUUAGUUUUCAAAAGAAUCUGAGCAACUCACAGACAGAACUCGCCGUUUAUGAGACAAUGUUUGUAUGGAAUGAAUUCUUAACUCGAGAAAUUCACAAUCAACUCCAAAAUACUCUAUGGACUGUUGCAUUAGUCUAUGGGUUCUUUAAACAGGCAACACUUACCAUUUCUGCACAAGACUUCAUCUUAACCCUAAUUGCUAGACGUUCUCGUCAUUAUGCUGGUACCAGAUAUUUAAAAAGAGGAGUAAAUGAGAAGGGUCAUGUAGCAAAUGAUGUUGAGACAGAACAAAUUGUCUUUGAAGAUGUACCUGAAGGGUCCCCUUUUGGAGUAACCGCUGUUGUACAGAACCGUGGUUCAAUACCUCUUUUUUGGUCUCAAGAAACUUCACGCUUGAAUGUGAAACCUGACAUCAUAUUGUCUAGGAAGGACUUUAAGUUUGAAGCCACCAAACUUCACUUUGAAGAUCUUGUUCAAAGAUAUGGAAAUCCAAUUAUUAUAUUAAACUUGAUUAAGACUCAUGAGAAGAGACCCAGAGAAAUGAUUCUUCGUGCAGAAUUCGCUAAUGCUAUUGAGUUCAUAAAUAAAGAUCUUCCUGAGGACAACCGCUUGAGAUUUCUUCACUGGGAUAUAAACAAACACCCGAGAAUCAAAGCUACAACGGCCUUGAUACGUCUAGGUGAUGUGGCUGCUAAUGCUUUGGAGUUAACUGGCUUUUUAAACUGUCAGCUUAUCCCUACUUCAAGAACUGAGGAGUUGCUAAAAUUGUCACCCGUCAGUUGUGGCAGUAGAAGAGAUCAUGUUAAAAAGGACCUUUAUGAAGUGGAUGCUGAAAUAGAUAAUGAGUGUGAAGAACUGCGUGGAGCUUACUAUGUCAAAGUUUCAUCGGUCCAAAAGGGAGUCUUAAGAACGAAUUGUGUAGACUGUUUGGAUCGCACAAAUGUUGGCCAGUAUGCGUAUGGGCUGGUUGCUCUGUCCCAUCAGCUGCAUGCCUUAGGCUUUGUAGAUGUGGACAACAUCAACAUUGAUUCACAUUCUUCUAUAGCACAAGACUUAAUGCAGAUCUAUGAAAACAUGGGAGACACUCUUGCACUACAAUAUGGUGGCUCUGCUGCACAUAAUAAGAUAUUUUCAGAAAUGCGAGGCCAAUGGAAAGCAACAACAAGGUCUCAAGAGAUCAUUCGAUCGCUUCAACGCUACUACAGUAAUGCGUACAUGGACCCUGAGAAACAAGAUGCCAUUAAUGUGUUCUUGGGCCAUUUCCAGCCACAAGAAGGUGCGCCGUCUCUGUGGGAAUUGAAUCCAGACCAGCACUAUGAUGUUAGGAAGCAUGGAUCAAGUGUAACUGCAGAAAGAUCUAGGUCAUAUUUUAAAAGGUCGCUAUCAGAAGGAAACAUAAGUUGCGGAAGCAGUUCUCAAGGUAAAGACACUGACAUAGAUCAGACUGAAGACACUUACCAGCCUUUGACUGAACAUGGCAAAGGUUGUAAGGGUAUUUCGGAGUCUUCACCAGAAAUCUCUACCUGUGACAGUGAUAUUCCGUUUACCAGGUACAACCCCUCAAUAUCAAGCAGACAGCUUUUCCAUGAUAUGCAGUUAGAUCAGUGUCUCGGAAGUAGUAGCUUUCAAUUUCAUGAAGGUGCUUUGUUCGAUUCCUCAAAUUUUCUAGAUGUUGAUUGGCUCUCUUCAUCGGGAAAUUCAUGUGAAGAAGAAACAUAUGACAGAUCUUCAAUCAUAGGUUCUCCAUCUCGGGGCUUGUCAUCGGAUAGUGUGACAAAUGAGCUCAAAGAAGAAACACACAUUUCAGCUCCUGAUUCCGGGGCAAGCUUGAAGAAGGAGCAGACUACCGGAGAUAUCCGCGUUGAUGCUAAAGAGAGUAAGGAGAUACCCCGCCAAUUCUCUGAGAAGUUUGUUCGCUGGGUAAACGAUGGAGAUUUGCUUUUCCCUUGAAGUACUUCAGUUCUGGUCUGGUCUCUUUUUGGAGCUAUAUAUUAUUUUGGACAGUUACAUUCGAUAGAUUGCAUCCCAAGGACGAUGCGGAUACAUACAGAUAAUAAAACAACAGGUGAUCAACAUUACAAGAGAAAGAUUAGUAGCCUAUACAAAGCUUUAUUAGGAAGUGUAGGUGUAAAUUGAAAAGGAUUAUGUUCUUUUCAGUUGUUUUUGGAUCCUCUUUUCCCCAGACUAGCAACUUUUGUAGCUUUCAGAUUCUGUAAAUACUUUAUUAUUUUAGAAAUUGAAGCUGAAUUAUUCA